UCUCAUCUUUUCUAUUUUUCUGCAAAAUUGCAUCCCGGAAAAGUCAGACGUAUGUCUAGUUUUUCUUUCGGUUGGAUAAAGUUGUUUAAUUCAUCCUGUGGACCGUGUCAAAACAAAAAUCUAAUCAAAAUAGAAGUGUAAAGCCUCACUUCUAUACUGAUAAAUACAGAAGAGUUACAACUUUAAUCAACUAAAGAUGGCAAAUUCAAAGUUGGGUUUUUCUUUCUUGAUUUUCUGUUCAACUCUGCUUAUCUCAACGAAGAGCAAUAAUCUACCAUCUCAAGAUCAUCAGAGAGUUGCCUUAUUCAUCUUUGGUGAUUCUCUAUUUGAUGCUGGUAAUAAUAAUUACCUGAAAACUGAUAUUGCGAAAGCAAAUUUCUGGCCGUAUGGAGAAACAUUCUUUAAGCAUCCUACUGGAAGGUACUCCGACGGUCGAAUAAUCCCAGAUUUUAUUGCUGAAUAUUUGAAGUUACCGUUCAUUCGACCAUAUCUUGAGCCCAAUAAUCAUCACUACACAAAGGGAGUGAAUUUUGCUUCAGGAGGAGCUGGUGCUCUAUCUGAAACUUUUCCAGGACAAGUUUUAGACCUUAAAACUCAAGUUACUUACUUCAAGAAAGUGAAGAAGCAACUGAGGCAAGAAUUGGGUGAUUCAGAGACAAAUGCAUUAUUGUCCAAAGCUAUUUACUUAUUCAGCAUCGGAACCAACGAUUAUUUUUCAUCUUUAUUAACAAACUCUAGUACUGUGGUUAACGACAAUUCAAGAAAAGAGUACGUAGCCAUGGUUAUCGGCAACCUGACAACUGCGAUCAAAGAAAUAUAUAGAAAUGGUGGAAGAAAAUUUGGGGUUUUAAGCAUUGGGUCAUUGGAAUUUUUACCAGUAGUGAGAGCAAUAGAACAGAUCAAUCGAGGUGGUUUUAGAGAACAACUUAGAACUUUUGCUAAAUUACACAAUAAUGCACUUCCUCAUGUGCUCAAGAAGCUACAAAGACAGCUACAAGGUUUUAAAUAUUCAUAUUUCGAUACCUAUACUUCUUCAAUUUAUAGAAUUAACAAUCCUUCAAAGUAUGGUUUUAAGGUAGCAAAAUCAGCAUGCUGUGGAAAUGGACCUUAUAGAGGAAUUGAAAACUGUGGAGGUACUGAAUUUGAGUUAUGCAAAAAUCCAAGUGAAUAUUUGUUCUUUGAUGGCGGCCAUCCCACAGAGAAAUUCAAUUAUCAACUUGCAAAGCUAAUGUGGAGCGGAAAUUUUAGGGUUACAGAGCCUGACAACCUUAAAACACUAGUUGACUCACAGAGUGAAAUAAUUGAACUGAACAUGGCGAAUUUCGGAUCCAAUUUUCAAUUAUUGGUCUUCUGUGGAAGCCUUUUCAUCUUAAUUUGCAGCCUGAGACCAGCUCUAUGUUCUUUAGAGAAGCAUUUCGCAUUGUUCAUCUUUGGAGAUUCACUAUUUGAUGCCGGAAACAAUAACUACUUUGAAACUCCAUACAAGGCGAAUUUUUUUCCGUAUGGAGAAACAUUCUUCAGGCAUCCGACUGGAAGAUCAUGUGAUGGUCGGAUUAUUCCAGAUUUUAUUGCUGAGUACGCAAAAUUACCAUUUAUUCCACCAUAUCUGGACCCCAAUAAUAAUUAUCUGCUGAUGGAUGGAAUCAAUUUUGCAUCAUCAGGAGCUGGUGUUCUUGUUGAAACUCAUCAAGGCGAUACGAUAGAUCUCAAAACUCAGCUUAAAUAUUUCAAGAAAGUGGAGAAGCAGCUAAGGAAGGAAUUGGGUAAAAUAAGAACCAAGAAAUGGUUAUCCGGCGCCGUUUUCUUAUUUAGCGUUGGAACAAAUGAUUACGCAUCAACUUUUCCUGUAAUACCUAAUCCACAUCAAGUAGAGAUGGUUAUUGGCAACCUAACAAAAGUGAUCAAAGAAAUAUAUAAGAAAGGGGGAAGGAAAUUUGGAUUUGUAAGCUUGGGAGCAAUUGGUUGUCUUCCAAGCAUGAGAGCGAAAAAUUCAACAGGUGGUUGCCAGGAAAAAAUUACAGUUCUUGUUAAACGACACAACAAAGCACUUUCAGAAGCCCUCAAAGAGCUACAGAGUCAGCUACAUGGGUUUAAAUAUGCAAAUUUUGAUUUCUACAGCUCAUUGAGAAAAAGAAUUAACAAUCCAUCAAAAUACGGUUUUAAGGAGGUGAAAGCUGCAUGUUGUGGGAGUGGACCUUACGGCGGAACAGGAAAGUGUGGGGGAGAAAGAAAAGAGUAUAAAUUAUGUGAUGAUCCAAAAAAAUAUUUGUUCUUUGAUGCCCAUCCUUCAGAGAAGGCUAACAAGCAAUUUGCCAAGCUGAUGUGGGAUGGAGGUCCUCAUGUUACAAAACCUUACAACCUGAAACAACUAUUUCAGGCAAAAGCACAUGGUGAUAGUGGCUCUGUUUGGUUUGGUUAAGAAAUUUGAAAAUUAAAAUAAUUAUUACAUAGAAAAAAAAUAAAACUUUUGAUGGUUAUUGGAUCAUUGGGAGAUAGAAUCACUGCCAUUGGAUGUUUGCUUUUGAGGUGAUAAUAUGGAAUAUGUAUAUAUUUAAUCUCA